GGGGCCGGCCGCGGGCGGGCCGGGGCGGGACUUCCCCGGGGCGGGGCCGGGGCCGUGUCCGCCCGUCCCUCCGCCCGUCUGUCUGUCCCUGUCCGUCCGUCCGAGCGUGCGGUGCGCCCGGAGCGGUGCGGCCCCGCGGGAGCGAUGGCGGCCGGCGGGUACGGGCGGUACCGGGCCGCGAUCUUCGCGGCCAUGUUCGUGGGCUACACGCUCUAUUACUUCAACCGCAAAACCUUCUCGUUCGUCAUGCCCGCCGUGAUGGCCGAGGUGCCGCUGGGGAAGGACGAGCUGGGUCUCAUCACCAGCAGCCAGUCUGCGGCCUACGCCAUCAGCAAGUUCAUCAGCGGCGUCCUGUCGGACCAGAUGAGCGCCCGCUGGCUCUUCUCCUCCGGCCUCCUCAUGGUGGGCCUGGUCAACGUGGUCUUCUCCUGGAGCUCCACCGUCACGGCCUUCGCCGGGCUCUGGUUCCUCAACGGGCUGGCCCAGGGGCUGGGCUGGCCGCCCUGCGGGAAGAUCCUGCGCAAGUGGUUUGAGCCUUCCCAGUUUGGGACUUGGUGGGCAAUCCUGUCUACAAGCAUGAACUUGGCUGGAGGCUUAGGCCCCAUUGUCGCUGCUCUUGUGUCUAUGAACUACGACUGGCGCAAGACUUUGUCCUUCUCUGGCUUCACCUGCAUGGUUGUCUCUUUUGUUUGCCUUGUCCUGAUUAAAAACGAGCCGGCAGAUGUUGGGCUGCCCAACAUUGAGCAAGGAGCCAAGAAAGGGAAGAAAGGUGCCUCCAGCGACAACAGCACCUUGACAGAGCUGCUGCUCUCCCCAUACCUCUGGGUGCUCUCAACAGGCUACCUGGUCGUUUUUGGAGUGAAAACGUGCUGUACUGACUGGGGACAGCUCUUCCUGAUCCAAGAGAGGGGACAGUCCGUGCUUGUAGGCAGUUCCUACAUGAGUGCCUUGGAGAUUGGGGGCCUGGUGGGAAGCAUUGCUGCUGGAUACCUUUCUGACAGAGCAGUAGCAAAAGCCGGGCUGUCGAGCCACGGGAACCCCCGGCACGCGCUGCUGCUCUCCAUGAUGGCCGCGAUGUGCGUGUCCAUGUUCCUGUUCCGGGUCACAGUCACAGCUGACUCUCCCAAGGAAAACCACUUCUGGACUGUAGCCUUGCAACCUCUAGCUGAUCUUACAGGCCUAAAAGAACAUGAGCUGUGGAUUCUGACUCUGGGAGCUGUGUUUGGGUUCUCCUCGUAUGGGCCGAUUGCCCUGUUUGGGGUCAUAGCCAAUGAAAGCGCCCCUGCCAACCUGUGUGGCACCUCCCACGCCAUUGUGGCCCUCAUGGCCAAUGUUGGGGGUUUCCUGGCUGGACUGCCUUUCAGUACAAUUGCCAAGCACUACAGCUGGGCCACAGCCUUCUGGGUGGCUGAAGUCACCUGUAUUGUUAGCACAGUGGCUUUCUUCUUGCUACGAAACAUCCGCACCAAGAUGGGCCGGAUUGCCAAGAAGGCUGACUGAGGACAAGCUGCUUGGUGGAAAGGAUCUUCCCACGCUGACGUGAAUGAUGCUCGUUUUUGUUUAACUGGCCUAGGAGUGAGUUUACCUAUUGCUGCAACCUAGAUAAAAAUGUCUCAACUUCUCAUCCAGCGUCAGGUGCCAGAGGGCACAAGGUUCCUGCUACUGAUCACUUUUUCCCUCAAGAUGUGAUAAUUCACUUAGUUUACAUUUGCAA